GAGUCCUGGGAGUCGGCGUAGCUACGACUAUAUGAAGGACCAAGGUACCUCGACAAUCAUGGCAUUUGUGGUCAUGCUUCUCAACCCUCCCUCGAGACUCAAAGCCUAAGACUACACUCGCUAUGAAGAACCUUAUAUCCUUUGUGGCCACUGUCGCGGUGCUUCUGUGUACUCCGGUCUGCUCUCGGGGUAUUGACCCUCCAGCAGAGUAUAAAGAUAUCCAAAAGACAUAUCUUCGCAGUGUCAAGUCAACUCUUCCUUCUGGGAAAUGCACGGAGAAGAACAUAGCCGUUCGUAAAUCAUGGGACAAACUCUCCAAGAAAGAACGUAAGGCCUAUAUCGACGCCGUCCUAUGCCUACACUCUGCCCCAUCCCGCGCCGAUCCGGCAUUGCAUCCUGGCAACCGGAAUCGGAUGGACGAUUUCGCCUCAUCGCAUGCUAACGUCGUCCUACGCUCUCAUGCCAACGGUCUCUUCCUCCCAUUCCACCGUGGCUUCCUCCAUGUCUGGGAACGCGCCCUGCGUGAAGAAUGCUCGUACACCGGAUACCAGCCCUACUGGGACAUUCCGCGCUGGGAGAACGAUAUUGCAGGCUCAGCUCUCUUUGACGGCAGCUCCACAUCCCUCGGCGGCAACGGCGAGCACCUUGCCAACCCGCCCCCCAAGGUCUUCCGCAUCGAUGCCAACGACGGCAAUCCGCCCGCUGAGUUCACGAUCCCGCCUGGUACGGGUGGUGGCUGCGUGACCACAGGUCCCUUUGCCGCAAACGUAUUCAACAUCUCCAUUGGCCCCGUAACUCCCGGAAAUCCGCCUCCUAAUGACCCGAUGGGACGCAACUACAACCCGCGCUGUCUGACCCGCGACUUUAUGCCUGGCCAGACGACGCGCUUCCUGAGCUGGGCUAAUAUCACAGAGACUCUAGCGCAGCCAGAUAUUGCGGCGUUUAGACCGUAUGUCGAGAGCCCGGAUGGGCCGCAUGGCGCUAUGCAUGCGGCAGUCGGAGGCGCUGUGCUUGAUUUCUACGUUAGUCCACUGGCACCGGAGUUCGUCUUCCUGCAUGGCUGGUUGGACCUUAUCUGGGCGUUAUGGCAAGGGCAAGAUUGGGAAGCGAGGAAGAACGGAUUGGCGGGGACGCUGACUUGGUUCAAUCGUCCGCCCAGUGCUGAGGCUACGCUGGAUGAUAUUCUGGAUUACGGCGAUGUCGGCCCUCAGAUCCCUGUUAGGGAUAUGAUGAGCACGACUGCAGGUGGCCUCUGUUACCGGUAUGAGUGAGAGAAUACUGGAAAGAUCUGCUACUCGGAGUUUAGAUUGUUUUUUGGGUAUUGGAGUUUGACCUUGAACUAAAGGAAGCUUAUAUGGAUCACACAUCCGAAAUGGACGUGCCUUUCGUAGGGUG